AACCGCAAUGCCAACAUACUUCACGUCAGUUUCUCUUAUUUAGAAGUGAUUUUCAGCAAGCCAGUAAGCGGUGGGAUCGAUAGCAAUGGCGGCAGAAAACCAGCCCGGCUCCAACAACAACAACAAAGGCAAAAAGAGAAAAUUUUUGCCUCACGGUAAACCCGUUAAGAAGGGGUUGUAUCCGCUUCGCCCAGGAGUGCAGGGUUUCUUCAUCACUUGUGAUGGCGGAAGGGAGCGGCAAGCCACAAACGAAGCCCUAAAUCUCCUUGAAUCGUUUUAUGAGGAGCUUGUUCAUGGGUCAGAUUCUGGUUCCAAGUGCAAGGCAAUUCCCACUAAACCAGUAAACAAGAUAAUUAAGUUUAAGGAUUCUGAUUCUUCUAGUGAUGAAGAUGAACCCCCCCUCGCAAAGAAGGAAGAAGUCCUGGAGCAUGAAGAAGAGACUGAGAAACCCAUAGAAAAUAAAAAGGACAAAGUGGAGGAUGAAUCUCCUCAUAGGGAGGAUAGUCAAGCGGAGAAGCAUGAACAAGAAAAUGAUUCAGCACCUGUGAAGAGGCAAUGCCUGGGAAAAGAUCCACCAGCACGUGAACCUGUAGGCUUGGUUGUUACAGAGAAUAAGCCCAUUGAUGAGCUUAUUGAAGAUGAGCUUAGUGAGUUGGGUGAUAGGAACAAGAGACAUUUUGUCAGCCUUGAUUCUGGUUGUAAUGGCUGCAUCUUCGUUCAAAUGCAUAGAAGGCCUGGAGAUCCCAGUCCUGUUGCCGUAGCUAAGCAAAUGAUAAGUUCAGCUGCUUCAACAAAAAAACAUAUGUCGAGAUUUAUUUUGAGAGUUCUGCCAGCCGAAGUAACAUGUUAUGCGUCAGAAGAGGAAAUUUCAAAGUCAAUAAAACCAUUAAUUGAGCAAUAUUUUCCACUUGAUACUUCUUCUCCCCUGAAGUUUGCAGUAUUAUAUGAAGCACGCUCAAAUACGGGUAUUGAGAGAAUGGCCAUCAUAAAUGCUGUUGCAAAAUCUGUUCCUCAGCCUCAUAAGGUGGAUCUUAAAAACCCAGAUAAGACCAUUAUAGUUCAAAUUGCUAAGACUAUCUGCUUGAUUGGAGUCGUUGAGAAGUAUAAAGAGUUCGCCAAGUACAACUUGAGGCAGCUAACAUCACCAGAACAGUAAGUCUUUUUUGUCGUUAUGAGGCUUUUACAGACCAAUGAAGAACUCUCAUCCUUCUGAUCUUACUGUAUUAAACUGUUUGGUAUUUUAAGAGAUUCUAGCAUGAUCGAAGGAGUUCCAGAUGAGGUAUUUCAUAGA